AUGGAAGAAAUGAUCGAUAAGGAGACGAGCAAAAGGCGGAAUAAGAUCCAAAGGUCGUCGACAAAGGUGCAAACAGAAAAUGACGAUAUUGAACAGCUACAGGCAAUGCUGGAUAUUCAGAAAUUAGUCGGCAGGCGCCUGCAGGAGGAAGCGGAUACCCUACGGGCCGAAAAUGAACUCUACAAGUCUCAGCUGGACAAACACGCCGAGGAGCAGAGGAAGACUAUUUCAAGGCAAAUGCACUUCAUCGAGCAGGAUACGAGCCUGCAAGCUGACCAGAAGGCCACCAAAUGUUUCCAGAACGAGUUAACACGUCUAACUUCAGACAACCUGACGCUGCGUGAACAGUUGGAAACUACAAAUACGCAUUACCGGAAGGAAAAUGGAUCAGGUGUAAUCAACACGGUGAACCUCCUCUCAGCGAAAGGCUUGGUCCGAUGCCUGGAGGGUCAGGAAGCCAUUCUCAUCCAACGACUCGUGAAAGGUAGGCAAGACCCGACCGCCAGUUUCUUCGUGAGCACACACAGUACGACCGAUCUGUGUUUUUGCAAUGUUAAUUGCUUCGCUCGGUUUAGUACUCCGCAUCUCUGCAAAGCGAGUCCCCGCAGCAGUUCCUAA